GAAGAGACUGCACUGCAUCUAACAAAAGUCAAUGAUUUUUAUCAAUGCGAUCUAGAAAGAUUAAGUAAUACCUUACAUAAUAAACUUUUAUAUCUAUCUUGAUCGUCAUUACAUGCAUUAAGAUGGAGAAGAGAGAUUCUCAUAGUGAUGGAAAUAGUAGAAAUGCUGCACAUGGAAGAAACAAUAGCAAUGCAACUUAUGAUAACAGAGGGUAUCAAGGAGAACCCGCUGAACAGCGUAUCUCUGCUCGACAAGCAUAUCAGGCCCAAUUACAAGGUGAAUUCCAUGGAAAUGUACACCCUUCAGGGAGUCAAACUUCAUUUGAAAUGCAACCAAUGGGUCAACCAUAUCCAAUGGGUCCACAAAAUGUACAGUAUGCAAUACCGAUUCAAGGAUAUCUACCACCUGUGAAUGCACAGAACGUUCAGUACGCACAACCGUCUUACAGUGUGCAAGUUCUUCCCCCAGGCAACCAAUACAUGGUGAGAGAUGCCUCGUCACCUUUACCGCCUCAAACAGUAGACGACUUGAGAACUUACACGCCAUCUAUUGUAUGCAUAAUUUUCAAGCGGAUAAUAUCAACGCUUUUCAUUCUUUUUGACCUGUGCUUAAAUUGGUCGCAAUAUGCCGCCUGGGUUGGCCAUUUCGAUCUCCCAGAUUGGAUGAAUGUUUUUGAAAGGAAAUCAAAAUUAUCACGAUUUACGUCCAAUUGCAGCGUAGGAUCGAGCCACCUAUCUACCUACUAUGGUAUCAUCGCUGGCAUAGGUACAAUAUAUGCUAUAUUAAAAAUAGUAAAUAUGAUCGGGGAAACAAUCCUGGAAUACCAAAAGCAGAAUCCGAGUGAGACCGAAGCAGGUUGCAGAGGUUUUCAAUUCAUACACGGUUGGAUUGAAACAUUGUUAGGGUUAUUCUUUGACGACCUACCUCAAAUUAUAAUGUUGGUCGUUUUCAGUGCGAAAUGUGACUUUGAUUAUAUCAUUGUUAUCAAAGUAUUUAUUUGGGGAGAAAUCAAGUCCAUUAAAAAUAACUACCGGGUGUCUUCGUGCAAGCAAAAGUAUAAGCCAUGUUGCUAUUAUGUUUGCAAGGAUUGCUGUGUCUACUAUUACGACUUCACAUGUUGUUGUCACACGCUGAUUUUCAGACCAUGUGCUUGUUGUGGGAGUGAUCAGUGUGUUGAAUGUGAAACAUUCGAGAUAUGUCCAGAUUGUCCGUGCAAUAGACAGACUGGUUGCUGUGGUGAAAUCGAAAAUGAUCCGCAAUGGGCUUUACGAUUGUACCAAAAGGGAGAAGAAAUCUAUGAAAUGGUUCUUGGUGUGCUUAUUAUUUUAAUGAUUGUGGCAUUAUUUAAGAAGGGGAGUGUGAGUUGGCCCAUAUAAUUUGGGUCCGUAUGAAAUAACAUCAAUAAUUAUGUUAGUAUCUAGUGUCAUACGUGACAACAAACUGCCAAAGAAAUUACUAGUUUAUACAUCUUGUUGGCAAGUGUGGGAUACAUGAUGGUUUAUAUAUUGCAAAUAAAAAUUGCCAGAACAAAAUAUUAUUAUUUACCAUAUAAAUGUUUAUACUAAAUAACUUGGAAUUAAAUCAUAUUCUUUUUGUGCAAGAAAUAUUUUGUGAGAAUAUCCAAAUGACACAUUUCUAUUGCUUUAAUCAAUAUUUUAAACAUUGAUUGCAAAUGUGCCCACUGAAGACCAUUCUUCUUUGAUGAAAGAAGAAGGCGAUAAUUAUAAAUCUAUAAAAACCCAGCUAAAACAUCACCCUGAAUAUUAUUCAACAGCAGAAACUGCAGCGUCCGAAACUGAAAAAUAAAUGCUUUACUAUGGUAGGAUACAUGUAUAUUUUUUUAAUUGGCUGAAAAUGAAGUACAUAAAAAGCCACUAUGAGAAAUAAGAUACAAAGUUACUGUACAUAUAGUUUUGAUAUACAAUGUACUCAUCGUAUAUAGUAAAAAAAUCACGACUGUAGGUAAAUAAAUGUAUCAGAUCUUUAGUGACAUUUCGCGGAGACCAAGGUGACCCUAAAUGCAUAUUAUUUUAAAAAGGGCUAACUUUUCGUGAAGAGUACUGUGGAUUACUAUGAAGUAGUACCGCAAUAGAUAGAAACAAGUUUGCUUCUUUAAAAAGAAGCAUGCGAUAGGUCUUUUUGCUGCUGUGGGAGAUUUGUUUAAUUCGAAAAUAUUUGGGGAUACUCUUGCAUAAAAUAGACAAUGAGUAAUUAUUAAUUACAAUUAUUUAACAAAAUAGAAUUUAUUAUAUAUAUUGAAUAUAGUACGUAUCAUAAUGAAAGUUUGUUUUACUCUUCAUUUUUGAAAUAUUUUGAAAGAUUUUAUGCCGGAGAAAUGAACAUUUUUCUUGGCGCAUUAGGGAACGUUUCUCUACAAAGAGAACUAGAUUUAAAAUAAAUGAUACAUAUAAUAAAAGUAUUAACAAAACGUUUCUUGUAAAAUUCAGUCAGCAAAUUUUCGGUUAAUGUUUUGGAAAGUAUAUGGAAACAUUUUCCCUACAUUUUCCAAAACGGGCAUAAAGUAUGUUAA